CAAAGAAAAACAGCGUAAGUACGAUGUCGUGAAGAUUGUAUUGUACUUCUCAAGCCCAGAUUUCCGGAUCUCUGCAGCUAGACUCUUCUUUAAGAUUCGCUUCUUAUAGAAAUGACUGAUGAGAAUGGAUCAGAAGAGGAGUGACAGGAAGGAAUUUUCCAACAAGAAGCGCCACCGAGCGGACGACGCCUCAUCUGCUCCCAGGACUGCGUCUCAGCCCCAGGUACUGAGUGUCCAAAGGUACCUCUACGAAAAGGAUUUUCCUCUCUACAAGCAACCCAUCGAGAUUGGAUUUUUUUCGCUGGACUCGCAGCGCAGAUUUUACAAUGACGAUCGACAGUUGAGGUAUUACGUAGAAGCUGAGAGCUCUCCUAAUUUCAAUUUACGGGAUGGAUAUCGCGACCGCUACAUAAAGAGGGAUGAAAGCAUUAAAGAAAAACUCGAUCAUAUGCUCCAAUGGAUUCUAGAGAACCGAGGCAAAGUGGAAAUGGCCCCCAAGGUUGAGGGAGCAUCGGCGUCAUCACGCCAUCUUAAGUUCGACUUUGUCACGUGGAGAGGCCAUCUCACAAAGAUUCUCACAACGCCGUAUGAGACGCGUGAAGGUUGGCUUCUGGCUGUGACGCUAUUUCAAGGCACACUUUACAUCAGUGAAGUGGAGACCGAGUUGGCCAGGAGAGAACGGGAAGACCGCAGUGCAAGACACGAGGAAAUGAUGUACUGGGGCUACAAGUUUGAACAGUACAUGUGUGCAGACGAGCCUGGUGGCCGACCCGAUUCCGGAGGCACAGUAAACACAAAUGAAGCCUACUGUACUGUGGUCCAGACCCGGCUAACAGACCAUCAUCUGCUGUUUUCUGGAGAAGUGGAUUGUAAAGAUAACGGCUCUCCACUCAAGACGGCGCCUGGUUGUUAUGUUGAACUGAAGACGUCACUGGAGAUCUGCACUCCCAAGCAGCAGAGUAGCUUCCUCAGGUUCAAACUCCUGAAGUGGUGGGCACAGUCCUUUCUGCCUGGAGUCCCACGAAUUGUGGCUGGAUUUAGAAAUAACGCUGGGUAUGUAGUCUCCGUCCAGACCUACGAGAUUGGCAAGAUCUCUCAGAUGAUAAAGGCCGAACAAAACUGCUGGAGGCCAACAGUCUGCAUGAAUUUCUGCGCUGAAUUCCUGUCCUUCAUUAAAAAGGUUGCGAUCCUGGAUGACCCAAGAGUUGUGUACCUCUUCUCCUGGGAACCCUUCAAAGAUGUCAGCUACUCCGUUCACAGAGAUUCAGAAUAUUCAUUCCUGCCCGACUGGUAUGUGGAAGAAAUGAAAGUCUGAAUGUUUGCUUCCCCAAGCAGUGCUGAAAUUCCUGUUUUUCCAACCUGGCGUAUGUAUCAGGGACCCCCCGUGUGCAUCAUUCGUGUCAUCUGAUGAACUGAAAUGACACUACAGAUGUGGUCACUUCCAAGAUCAGUGGGUGAAAGUGUCCAUCAAGGUGAUCAUGUGGCUUCCAGCUCCGGCUCUCGUUCCAUUGGAUAUACUGUAUGCUAUCAUUUUUACAGUGUAUAUUUUUAACUCCACAAAUAAAUAAUGUGAAAGAUUUCCAUA